AUGCAGGCCGAACAGGAGCAACAAACACGGAGCCACAAGCUUGAAAUUUUCAAGUCAAACAGACAAGAAGCGGAGAUUUAUCGAGACGAGACUCUGGGCCCCACCAGCGUGGGUUCUCCGGUUUUGCCCGUGCACGCAUAUACCCUUCUCACAUGGCCUCUUCCUCUUCCUCUUCCCUCUAGAGCUGCUAUUGGGGCCCAACAAGCUGUAUCGGUUAGAGAGAAUGUUAAACUCAGCAUGGAUUCAAAGCACGGAGGAGAGAGAAUGCCUGAGACGAGUCAUGGUGGUGCAAUCAGUUCAAAUCUUGAGGAGACGAAGGCUUCUGUGAAAUUCAGCCGAGGAGCAAUUUCAGGUCUUAUUCCGAUCAAGUCUCUGGUUUCAGUUUCCUGGCAUGUGCCCCACAGGAACAGGGACGAACAUCCUGGGUUUUACUCGGAUUAUUCUAGGCCGAGGACACGCCCUCCCUCUCACAACUGA